UUCUCAAACAGAACCAAAUAUUUUGAAAAACACAAUCACCCAAAAUAGAAAAUAAAUGAAGGAAGCUAAUAAUAUCAUUGAAGUAAAAUGUUAGGUUAAGGGAAAAAAAGUUGGAGAGAGAGAGAGAGAUAGCUUUUAGGUGCAGUGAUUCUGUGACAAAACAGAGAGCACAAAUCCAGAGAAGGAAAGUAAAUAAAGGGCAGACUCCAAAUUGUACUCAUCAAAAGCAGGCCAAAAUUUGGAUCUCUCUCUCUCUCUGCACAUUCUGCACAUUGAAUUCACCAAAUCCAUUUCAAGCAUUUAUAUCCUUAGACUCCACAAUUAUUCCACAAGAUCUGCAGUAUCAACCAGCAAGCUUUCGUAUUUUUAUUGGUGUGACAGCUAACAGCCCUAGGUGUGUGUUUGUGUGUGUGUGUGUGAGAGAGAGAGAGAAGAAACCAAGCAAGCAAAAGCAUGGAUGUGGAUCAGUUGCAGAGGCGGUUUGUUGAAUACACAACUUCUUUGUUUCAUGAGGGGUUUUUGGAUGGUCAGUUUACACAGCUUCAGCAACUGCAAGAUGAGAGCAACCCUGAUUUUGUGGUUGAAGUGGUCUCUCUCUUCUUUGAAGAUUCUGAAAGGCUUCUCAAUGAUCUCACUACAGCUCUAGAUCAGCAAUUUGUAGAUUUCAAAAAGGUUGAUGCACAUGUACACCAAUUCAAGGGUAGCAGCUCCAGCAUAGGUGCACAGAGAGUUAAAAAUGGUUGCAUUGCCUUCCGCAACUUCUGUGAGGAACAAAACGUCGAAUUGUGCAUGAGAUGCCUGCAACAAGUAAAACAAGAGUACUUGCUUGUGAAGAACAAGCUUGAAGCUUUAUUCAGGAUGGAGCAACAAAUUGUGGAAGCUGGUGGGUCAAUUCCUAUGAUGGAGUGAACUUGAGAGUUCCUGUGAAGAAGCUCUUAUUUAGUUUUAUGAACCAUUUCACCACCAAAGGUUAUCUUAGCUACUGAGCUUGUGCUUGUAUGAAUUUAAUUAAAGAGAAGGCAAACAUGCCUUUUUUUUUUAUUUUUUAUUUUUAAUCUAGUGCCACUUUCGUUGAUGUUCAACUUGUAAGUUCAUUGCUUUCUGAUAGACUAGGGGUCCAUUUGGCAA